AUGGAAGCUACUGUCGUACCACUUCCGCUCCCCGCCCUUCCCGAGGGCUGGGAAUCCGAGAACAACUUCAUUCCUAAGGGCAAGAUUACCAGCUUCACCCAGCGCACUCUGGAGCCCGUCGGCCCUUACUUUCUCGCCCACGCCCGCCGUGCCCGCCACAAGCGCACUUUCUCCGAAGAUGACCGGAUACAGGCUCAGGAGCGCGCCAAGAAGGUCGAAGAAAAUGACGACGGCGAGAUCAGCGAGCCCGAGGACCCCAUGAUGCUCCAGCGCGAGGCCAAAGACUGGAAGUCGCAGGACCACUACAAGGUUCUGGGCCUGUCCAAGUACCGCUACAAGGCCACCGAGGAGCAGAUCAAGCGCGCGCACCGUAAGAAGGUGCUGAGGCAUCACCCCGAUAAGAAGGCGGCCGCCGGUCGUGCCGACGACGACAACUUCUUCAAGUGCAUCCAGAAGGCCACCGAGGUGCUCCUCGACCCCAUCAAGCGCCGUCAGUUUGACUCGGUCGACGAGGAGGCCGAUGUCGAGCCGCCCACCAAGAAGCAGCUGGCUAAGGGCAACUACUACAAGCUGUGGAGCCAGGUCUUCAAGUCCGAGGCCCGCUUCAGCAAGGUGCACCCGGUGCCGACCUUUGGCGACGACAAGGCGACCAAGGAGGAUGUUGAGAACUUCUACAACUUCUGGUACAACUUCGACAGCUGGCGUUCAUUUGAAUACCUGGACGAAGACGUCCCGGAUGACAACGAGAACCGCGACCAGAAGCGCCACAUGGAGCGCAAGAACACCAACGCGCGCAAGAAGAAGAAGGCCGAGGACAACGCUCGCCUCCGCAAGAUGCUCGACGACUGCUCCGCCGGCGACGAGCGCAUCAAGCGCUUCCGCCAGGAGGCCAACGCCGCCAAGAACAAGAAGCGUUUCGAGCGUGAGGCCGCUGAGAAGAAGGCCGCCGAGGACGCCCGCCUCAAGAAGGAAGCCGAGGAGAAGGCCGCCAAGGAGGCGGAGGAGAAGGCCAAGAUGGACCGCGAGGCAACCAAGAAGGCUAAGGAGGCGGCCAAGAACGCCGUCAAGAAGAACAAGCGUGUGCUGCGUGGCUCGGUGAAGGACGCCAACUACUUCGUCGAGGGUGACGCAUCACCGGCGACCAUCGAUGCCGUCCUCGGCGACGUCGAGCUGAUCCAGGCCAAGAUUGACGCCGACGAGAUCGCCGCUCUGGCUGGCAAGCUCAACGGCCUGAAGGUGGCCGACGAGAUCAAGGGCGUGUGGAAGGCGGAGGUCGAGAGGCUUGUCGGUGCUGGCAAGCUCCAGGAGGGAGAGGCCAAGGCGCUCUCUGCUUGA